AUGGCUUCAUGGGUACGACUCGUUCUGCGCAUCUUCAUUCGACGUGAUUAUGCCUUGUCUUCGACACGUGUACAUCCAUUGGAAUACGGCGCACCAUCGUUGGGCACGCUGACACCACGAGACCAUCGCCGGACAGCAAGGCCUGUGCCUAUAAAAGGCGCAUCUGCACGCUCCUACUUCAGUGGACACGGCAGCACUGCCAUGACAAUGUCACCGAACAUACCCUUGCUUGUGCAGAUUGGUAAAAGAAAAUAUGGCUUUCAUAGCGAUUAUCUUUGUUUAAUAGUGCUGCCGUGUCCACGUAGGCGUGUGCAUUGUAUAUAUGACUGUUUUUCGAUGGCAUUCUUGUUACUCAGGCUUUCCGGAGAUAUUGAAUCUAACCCCGGUCCUAUUACUGAAAAAAUGUUCGAAGAAAUGAUUAAUACGCAGAAAGAAAUUCUUGCUAAAAUCUCAGUAAUACAGGGAAACCAGACAUCUUCUGAAGCUCGCAUUGUUGAAAUACAAGCCAGGCUUCUGGCUAUGGAAAAUAAACUACUCAGCGUUGAUGAAAGUCAUAAAAAGCUUACUGACUUGGAGAGCGUUGUUACUGGUCACGAAACAGCCAUGAGCAGCAUUUCCAGGCAGCUUGAUGAUUUUGAAAACCGAUCUCGUCGCAACAAUCUCAUAGUUAGAGGUAUAAAAGAGGAAGUGCGUGAAACACAGGAAACAAUAUUAAAGAAGAUUAAUGACGACAUAUUUGAAAAUAAACUCGGACAGAAACUUAAUUCCAUCGAAAGAAUUCAUAGAUUAGGGAAGAAAACACCGGGCAAGGACCGACCUGUAAUUAUGAAGUUAACUGAUUUUAGAGAUAAGAUGAAAAUUUUGCAGAAUUGUCACAAGCUCAAAAAUACAAAAAUAAGCAUAGCAGAAGAUUAUUCCAAAAGGGUUACUGAGAUCCGCAAAAAGCUUUGGAAAUCAUCAGACGAAGAGAGGCGCAAUGGCAUGAAAGUUAAAUUAAUCUUCGACAAGGUUAAAAUUGGCGAUGUUCUUUGGGAUGAAGUUACCGGCGGAAGAGUAAAGUGUCAUACUCCCACAGAGGCCAGUCAUAUGCGACUCAAAAACUACCCCAAUGUGCCAGAGGUUAGAGAGAUGCCUGAAGGCGGAGAGGUGAUCGGAUCUUGGGAAGGCAGUGCAGCUAUGGAAGCCAAUGGCGAUGUGGCAGCCUCUGAGCCAGCAGAGACUCUUACUGCAAGCAGAGAUGCCAUCCAUGAUGAAGCAUCCUCGGCUCUCUGUAGCAUGGAUGGCCCCAGUAGGGGACUCAAACACUAG